UACAAUAUGAAGAAGAAAACGGGCACUCACUCUCUGUCUUCUGUUUUUCAAGGUUAUAACAGCAGGACUAUGUUUCUGUAGGCUAUGAGACAGUAGGUUUAGAUUGGAAUCAUUAAAGGGAAUUAAUAUGACAGCCAAAAAUAAUAGAUUAGCAACGUAUGGUGGAUAAAAUGUUAAUAACUUUGUGUUACGUCUACAUGUGGGUGCGUUUUCACAAGUGUUACUCGGUGCUGAUCCGCAACAGUCUGUCCAGGCUGGGGAGCAGGAAGAACAGCCUCUGUCUCGGCUUCUGUUCCGGCGCCAGCUCGGUCUCUGCGCCCCCCACAGCACCACCCCCAGGACUCCACACAGCCGCUCCACUUUACCACAACCUACUUCGUCCUGAGGACAAUGUUUUCCUCCAGCUCGGAGACAAGGCCGUCUUUGUCACGGAGCCUCAGGUUAGAUAUGUGUGUGAUGACCUCAGCCAAUGGACUGUUCUUGGAUCCUCUCUGAUUGAUGCUUCUCAAAUAGAUAACAUUUCUUUCAUAAUAGAAGCUGUGGAGGAUAGAGUGGGAUACCAUUGUCCUUCAACAAAUAAGCAAGUACUGAAGUGGUCUGACUACUGUUUCCCACUGGCCUUCAGCCCUGGCCAGCCAUUCAAGGCAGUAGCACAGACCAGUGUAGAUAACUUCAGUCGUCUUGGGGUAGCCUUCAUUGAAGAUCGCCUUCAGCUGGACAGUGGACUUGUGCCUUCAAAGAUAGUCCCUGUUCUUCUCCAAGAAAGUACUCUGAGUAAGGUGUUGGAAAGGCGGUGUCUGCAGAGCCCCAAAACUGUGAGGAGGCUUUUACUUCGAUCCACUCAUCCUGAAGAGAUUGUUUCAGAGUCAUUCUCUCAGCUGCUGCCCUCUGAUCAGCAGAACCUACAGUGCCGAAAAGGUAGUCUUCUUGUAGCCCCAGAGGUAAAGAGGAGGUUGGAGAAGCGUCGGGGAUCAGAGCCACUGUCUAGCUCUCAAAUUGUUCAUAUGGAAUACCAUCAUCACCACAUGGAGGGUCAUGGGCACCACCUUCAUCUUUCCAGCUGCCAUGAAUGUUUAGAACUGGAGAACAGCACCAUCCUCUCCGUCAAAUAUGCCUCGGCUGAGAACAUUCCAGAUCUACCUGAUGAUAAUUCCGUAGGACUGGAUAGUGUGGAUGGGUUUCGGAGUGAACUUAAACAUGAUUCCAAGGAUUUCUUUGGUCAAAGUGGUGGAUGUGCAAAAGCACCAAAUAUUCUUGUGUACACAGGUGGAUGCCAGGAACGUUUUCAAGCAAUUCAUCAGCUUCUAUUAGACUGUAUAAAUGUGGAAAGCAAUACAAUUUAUCCCCUCCUGCAAGAACAGGCACAUAGUGAUCCAUGGCUGGACAACACCAGGCUCCUAGUUCUGGCGGAAGAGGAAUCCUUAACUGCUGAGCUUCAGACCCGCUUUCUUUCUUACUUAAGCAAGGGUGGAAAGGUUCUGGGACUAGGCUCAACUUUGUGUCCGGCAGGUCUCCACCUGGAAGUCAGGGAACGACAAUGCAUGCAGUGCAGAAGGUUGAUUUUCACCAGAGAAGACAGCACCGAGCUAGAAGCAGCCACUUUGGCAAGUGGAAAAGUCUACAUUAGGGAUCCUCAGGGAGGAGGAGAAGUGGAACUUUGGGGGGUGCUGAAAAGUGACAUCCCCCAUCAAAGAGAUAUGGUUAUUGUUAGGCUAACUCAUGGAGCAGACGGUGGGGAAGCUGUCCUCUGUCAGGUUCAUUUUGACAUUGCCUCAUACUCAAAGAAAUUGGAUUCAAAAGAUUUUGAUGAGCUGAAGGUCAGCUAUGCACUGCGAUAUGGCAUUUUGACAGAGAUCCUUAACUCUCUGGGUGUUAGCUGUGAACCCAGUCAGACUCCUGCCCCAGGUCCAGUGUACCUGCUGGCCACCUCUCAGUGGGCCAAAGCAAGUUUCUUGAAGUUGCUACAGACACGGACAGAUGAACGUUCCAUCAUUCAAUUCUCCAAAGCUUCCUUCAGGAUAGAAUCUAGUCCUGAACCACAUGAGGGUCCUUUGUUGUCCAAAGACUACCUGCCCUUGGUCACAGAAUCCCAGGAUAUGACUCAAUUUGUUAUGGAGACCUACUGCAAAAAUCUGAAGACCAACCAUCUGGGAAACAUCCUGCUCUACACUGAGGUUGCCACUUCUACCAUGAACCUACUGGAAGGGUUGUUGCUGCACUUGCCAAAGGAUAUUGGUGUAAUAGCAGUAGCUGCUCGACAAACACAGGGAAGAGGUCGAGGCAGAAAUGCCUGGCUUAGCCCACUAGGCUGUGCAAUGUUCACUGUUGGGGUCCAAGUUGAGCGGAACUCUAGACUUGGUCAAAGAAUUCCUUUUCUGCAACAUUUGGCUGCUUUAGCCAUUGUACAAGCCAUUCGCUCACUUCCUGGAUAUCAGGACAUAGACCUAAGGGUGAAGUGGCCCAAUGAUAUCUACUACAGUGACCUGAUGAAGCUUGGGGGAGUGCUGGUGACAUCAACUGUUGUAGGAUCAACUUUUCAUCUGCUGAUAGGAUGUGGCUUUAAUGUGACAAACAGCAACCCGACAGUGUGCAUUAAUGACCUAAUCCAGAAGUACAACAUAGAGAAUAACUGCAGCCUGGAGCCUUUCAACUGCUCUCAGCUCAUCGCUCUCACUCUAAACUGCCUCGAAGCUCUCAUCACCAGUUUUCAGGAAGGAGGUCCAGAUGCUGUUCUGCCUACUUACUAUAAAAGAUGGCUUCACAGUGGGACUCAAAUACGUCUGUGGAGCGAGGAAGGACCAGAAGUUCAGGUGGUGGGUCUUGAUGACAACGGCUUCCUGCAAGUGUACAGUAAAGAGGAAGGAAUGGUCUCUGUGGAACCUGAUGGAAACUCGUUUGACAUGUUGAAGAACCUGGUAGUCAUAAAGCAGCAUUAGGAUAAGCUGUGUUUUUCCUAAAAACAUAGUCUCUCUCUACUCAAUGAAGCAACACUCAGCAUUCAGUGUGACAGAAAACCUUGCAUUUAAUAACUAUGGUUUGGUCAAGUAAUAUUUGGAUGCUAACAAAUGUUUUAGCCAUCUUACCAAAUCCACAUAUGUUCCAGUUAAGCCUUAUUAUAUUUACUUCCAAUUUAGAAGGAUUACUUUGUGAACAAUUUUGUUUUAAAGUGAUAAAAAUAUCUGGACCAUAACCUAAUCCUUUUUUUUGUUUUGUUAACUGAGGUGGUUUGUUUUUAUUUCUUUAGUGUUUCACCUAUCAGCUGACAGAAAUAAACCAGCUUCAAAUGAUACAGAGCAAAACAUUUCAAAAAGUUGGAUUUUGAGAAACCUAAAUAUCCUGUAAUGGUUGUAUGAUUGCUCCAUCUUUUCUUUUAACUAGAAAACAGCCUUUGAUGUUAACAUAUUGUUUGUUGUCUUAUCUCCAAAUAUAUAAAUAUAUAUAAUAUCCUUAUUCGCUCAAUAGUAAAGAGCGAUUUUAUCUAAAUGUGCUUUUGUUUUUUUGUCAAAUUGGAUGUGAAUCCCUAAAAAGUAAAAGUUUGACCCUAAACAUUAAACACCGUAAAGUAGUGGAAACUUUAACUGACAAAAAAUACACUUCAUUUUAAAAAUUGUGAAAUAGUUGGACUUACAGAAAAGAAAUAACAAAUUAGAUUUUUGCUUGGUUAAAUGCACUCUGACAUAUAAAGACAAUGUGCAGUUUUAUUGAACACUCUUGUAAGAGACACAGCAAAAUCAAACUGCUGCUUUCACUUGAUACAACCAGAUUCACUGGAACAAAACCGAGUAAAGGGUUGUUUAAAGCAAAAACUGUAGCUACUGCUUAAAGUAGGCUGACUUACAUUUAAAGGAAGAAGCAACUUUAGACAGCGCUCUUCAUAAUUAUAAGCACCCCUUGAAAAGAUUUGAAUAAAGGCUUACAAGUUGUUUAUGGUGCCUUGGUAAUCCUAAACAUGCCAAUUUUUGAUCCUGUUCUUGAACAGAGAACUGUGGAUACUUCUUUUGCUGUUACUUUCCUUACCAUCUUGUUCAGUGUGCAGGACUGUACUGUCCUGCUCACCGUGUGUGGUAUCGUCCUGUCCUGGUCAGUGUGUGCGAUACUGUACAGUCCUGGUCAGUGUGUGCUUGACUGUAUUGUCCCGUACCGUCCAGGACUGAGUGUGCGGUAUGGUGCCUUCCUAGUCAGUGUGCUUGGGACCGUACUGUCCUGCUCAGUGUGUGCAGUGGCAAGGUGGGUUUGGGUCCAUGUCCAGCCUUGCUUGUCACAAAACCAGAUGUUCUGAACUUUUCAGUUUCUGCAUGUAGAUAGAGCCAAUUUCAAGUAAAUAAUUAUUCUAUUGUAGCCAUUUGUGUUGUAUGAUGAUCCACACACCGUCCGUGAUGACCUUCCCAUUUUGUCCACUGUUUCUAACAGCAAUGAGCCCUUUUCUUCCUCAUCUUUACAACCAUGGGCACAUGAAAUCAUUAAUUACUAAUAAAAUAUUUUUGGACACUUGGAUCAACUUACAAAAGGAAAGAAUAAUUAUAAAAAUGUAACAUUUAUUUUUUAACAAUAUUUUGGGUGCCACUAAUGAAAAUUUUAUUUUAAAAAAUCAUUUCUGAAAAUGUUUCCCCCCAAACUAAAUAGGUGCUGUCAAAUUACUUAUUACCUUGGCUGCCAGUCAUUUGUGGGAGCACUGUAUGUCUGCAGCAUUGAUGGGUCACUCUGUUUCAAAUCUUAGAUUUUAACUAGUCUUUUUUCAACCACCAAAUUUAGCCAGUUUUUCUGUUUUUAGUACUGAAUUCUGGGAGUGAAUUGCUGCACCCUUCUAUGAAACACCUCAAAUAUUUCCAGUUGAAUUUCACUGUCUCGCAGUCACAAUAAGCAAUCUAACAUAUGCUAUGCUGACUAACAGUUAAAAGUUCUCCAGAGAAUUGUGUUUCUUAAAUCUUCUGUAAAAAAGCACUUACAGAUACAUACCUGAUCACAGCAGCUUUCACAGAUCUCAAAGAAAAAAAGCACCAUGGUGGCCUUUUUAACCUUUAUGUUUUAUUUAUUCAUUUAGGGAAAUGGGAGAUCCACUUUUGUCCUAGGACACUUGAAGGUGUCCAAGGGCAACCAUCUAAGUUAAAACAAGCCCUGCAACCACUCACCCAACCAGCUAUUGUUAGUGGAGACUGUGCAAAUAGCCUAAUGUGACAAACACUAAGGCAGCACCACUUUAACAGGUCUUACUGUAAUCUCCUUGCUGACAUCAAAUGGAACAAACAGAUUGUCUUGAACCUUAAAAAUCAAAACAGAAAGAAACCUUGAAGGGCUUCAGUAAGGAUUUAUUAUACAGUAGUCAGAGAUUAUCUGUCAAACAAUCUACUUCAAUCACGCAUAACAUUUUUGACACACAAUGGGCAUGAACAUACAAUGUGUUACAUUUGGCAUGAAUUGCCUUGCAAAAUAACCCAUUUACUGAGGAUUUUUAAUGUCACUUAGAUAAUGUCUUAGUUGUUUUAUCAACACACUCAGGCAAACGCUUUGUAAGGUACAAAUAAUAUUGAAAUGUGAAAUACCCCUAAAAGCACAUGUGUUGUGACAGAAACAGUCUGUGUCGUGAAAAUCAUUUAAUUCCCCAAAAUUAGUGGAUAGGAUUUUUAUUCUACCUGUACAAGUUUUUUUAAAUGAUUUUUGGCCUUUCUAUAUAAAACCUGACCUAAAGAGAUUUUAUGCGACUCCCCCUGGGUUUCCUGUGAACAGCGGCAUAUACUACCCUUGUUUUCAUAUUCCAUGCCCUUGCUAUUCCUCACACAGCAUUUACAUAGGCUUAGCCUUUUUACAUAGUGAUGCAAACUUACACAGCGCUAAUAGAUUCUUGUGGUCACUACUUAAAUUACUCAGUAGGUUUUAAGCGAAUAAGCCACAGAUGCUACUACUCCUGUUGACACUUUGUUGUAUUACAGCCUCAGUCAAAGUUUAAAGUUGGUGUGUAUUGGUCUACAAGGUAUUGAUUAUUCAGUGAGAUCUUAUUUAAUGGAAAACCAUUUAUUUUCUGACUAAGUACAGAUUCUGGCAUGAUGAGCCAUUUUAACACUAAAGAUUCUUACUACCCAGUUAUAACAGCAUUCCUAUGAACUAAAAUAAAAUGUCUUAUUCAAAAGCUGUUUAUUUUUGUAUACCAUGUAGAGAACAGUUAUGUUUAGACCCAAGGCAAAUACAAAUAUUUGCCUUGAAAGCCAAUUAAAUGUUAAAAUGUAACCUUCUAUGACUUAUACAUACAGUACUAUAAUGAAGUAUAAAAUGACCCUGACAGAUCUGCUGAUUACUGAGGAUUAAUUCUGGUCUAGCUCUCAUUAAUGAUAAUUGCAGAUGUAGUAGUGUGCUUUCUAUAGGUAUCCUGUCUAUUUUUGUUUGAUAUCAGACUCCAGAUUGAUCUGAGAGCAGAAUUGGGUCAAGCCACCUCAAAGUCCAUCAGCGCCUCUUUUUUUUAAAAUCUGAUUUCGGCUCUUAAAUGAUCUGUUUUCUCAAUAAUAUGGAGUCAGUGAUGUAGUAAAAAUUGAGUUUGUGUACUGUGAAGGAGUCUGUAACGAUCAUUUGGCUCAUCCUUGAGACACCUGAUGGUAGGCUGGUUCAUACCACUGAAGCAAUCGUCUAAGCACCUACAGUCAGCUGUCUGCCGAAGUUCUGAAGAAAAGCAAUUCAAAAGCGUAAGAAAUGCAUGCAUUGGAUUAAUGAGGAAUUGUGUCUACAAAAAUAUGUAUAAAUCAGGUUAUUUCUCUUUCUUUACUAAGAUCCUGACAAACAAGGUAUGAAGCUCGAUGAUCUACAAUUAAAGACGACACAAACACUAGGCUACUUCACCUUUGGUCAUAUUUUUAUGGCUGUGUAGUGAACAUCUGCUUUAAGUGAAACUUUACAAGAAUUAUUUGCCUUUUUUUGCAUUGAGAAAGACUUAUUUGGACAUUGCUGGCAAUGUCCAAGUAACUAGCAAUUCUUAUGUCUCUGUUGUGAAUUAGCAGCCAUAUAAAUAAAAUGAAUUGAGUUUUGGACUACAAUUCAUGUCAAAAGGAGUUGAACUGGAGAAUUGCUUGCAUUCAAAAAAGUCAGAAUCUGAGAAUUUCUUUCAGGCCUAGCUUAGCUUUCAUUUUAUCUCUUGGUAGAGGUGCUAUUUGUAUUUUUCCUAUUUCAUGGCAUGACUACUUCAAAAUAAAAUUUCAUUUGGAAGGUGGAUCUGGAUUUUUAAGCAUGCCUAAGUACCACCUGCAGAUAAUCAGUGCUCACUUUAGCAACAUUGCAACUCUUUGAAACAUUAAAUCAAGUUUACCUUUGCUCAUCUCUCAGUUAAUAACAUAUAAAUCAAAAUUACAAAUUUCUGUCACUAUUAUUUAUCCCACACAAGUUAUACAGUGUUUUUUUUCCGUUUCUAAAAUGUCUCCUGAGCUUCUUUACUUUGAGUCUAUGUUGUUUGUGAAGUUUUAUUUUCUAUGACUGUAAGCUGUUUUUAAAUCAUGUGCCAGUGAAAGCUGAACGUGAAAAAUGCCCAUUCUUACCCUGACUAGAAAAUAAAAAUAUAUAUUAUAAAAAAUUGUUGCAGCAGUAUUGACCCAACAUUUUAAAAAAAAAUUCAAAAUAUAGAAAUUUAAAUAGAAAGUACAAAACAACAAAAUUUCAUAAUAUUCUGUUAAAUUGGUAAUUUACCAUACACAAAUAAAAACGCAAAUUAAAAAAAAAUAUAUAUAUAAUAUAUAUAUAUAUAUAUACACAAUUUCACUGCAAAUACUCUGAGAUUCUAGCCUUAGCUGCACGUUUCUGAAAAUGUACAAUGCGGUCAUGGUAACCUGGCCCAUUUAUUACCACAUUAUAGUUAUAAUCUAAGGGAAACCCCAAGUGUAAAUCUUGUAAAAAUACAUGAACCCACUUAUGACAGAUACAUUUCUCAAAGUUAAAGUUCCCCCUAGUGUUGGAUGUUUACCAGGUUUAGAAACAUUACUACACAACCAUGGUUAUAAUUGGGAAUAUGAAUGUUAUAUAUAGAAUGUUGCAUAGAAUAUUGGCACUUGACACUUUAAAUUUGUCUACCUGUGUGUAUGUUGGAGGCUGUGGAGUUCUCAGUGUUCCACCCACCAGGCCUUUUGCAGUCCAAAGAUCCAAUCAUCUGUUGAGGCAGCUGAGAAGAGCGAACUGAGUGAGGAAGUCAGUAUUGUUUGGAAAGGGCAGGCUGGAGGAGCCUAGUGACCUGCUGCCAACCAUUAAUAAACACAUGUUAGUAAUUUAUUCUGUUGGGUUACUUUUUCAUAAUUACAGAUCAUUUCAUCUUUAGUCCUGCUGUGAUGUGAGACUUCAAGAAAUAUACAUUUAAAUGUCGCCAUUUCUUUCAACUAUUAUUUGUCAUCAUUGCAUCUCUUUAGAGCUUUUAGUUGUCUGGCUUCUAUUUGUUCAAAUAAAAAUAAAUAAAACACCCUCAA